AUGGAGCCUCACCCCGCGGCUGCAGCCGGAGGAGGAGGAGGAGAAGGGGAGGCCGGCCGUGGUGCGGACCCCGACACCGGCCUCGAAGGGUCGAUGUGGAGGAUGGGGCUGGCCGGCGACGGCGGUGGGGAGGGGGACGGGGCGCGCCUGCCGGAGCGGCCGGACCAGGCGGACUGCAUCUACUACCUCCGCACGGGCGCCUGCGGCUUCGGGGACCGCUGCCGCUACAACCACCCCCGCGAUCGCGGCGGCACUGAGUUUGGACUUACUCUUUUGUAUUUUUUACAGUAUUACAUGAAGACUGGGACUUGCAAAUUUGGUUCCAAUUGCAAAUAUCACCAUCCUAAGCAAGAUGGUUCUGUGCAGCCUGUAAUGUUAAACAGUAAUGGAUUCCCUCUACGUCCGGGUGAGAAAGAGUGCUCCUACUACAUGAAGACUGGACAAUGCAAGUUUGGUUCGACAUGUAAAUUUCAUCAUCCAGAAUUUGGUGGUAUUCCAGUUACUCCUGGAAUUUAUCCACCAUUGCAGUCGUCAACUGUACCCUCGCCUCAUCCAUACGCCCCUCUUACAAAUUGGCAAAUGGGGAGACCGCCUGUAGUCCCUGGAUCAUAUAUGCCAGGCUCGUACACUCCAAUGAUGCUAUCGUCUGGAAUGAUCCCCUUGCAAGGAUGGAGCCCUUAUCCGGCUUCAGUAAACCCUGUAGCAUCAGGUGGAGCACAACAAACUGUUCAAGCUGGACCUAUGUAUGGCAUAGGGCACCAUGGAUCUUCCUCUACAAUUGCUUAUGGUGGUCCUUACAUGCCUUACUCUUCCUCAACUAUACAAUCAAGCAAUAAUCAACAAGAACAUGGAUUCCCUGAGCGGCCAGGGCAGCCUGAGUGUCAGUAUUACAUGAGGACAGGAGAUUGUAAAUUUGGCGCUACAUGUAAAUAUCAUCAUCCUCGAGAUUGGAGUUCACCCAAGUCUAAUUAUAUGUUCAGCCCUUUUUGCCUUCCACUUCGUCCAGGUGCUCAGCCUUGUUCAUACUAUGCCCAAAAUGGGUAUUGUAGAUAUGGAGUUGCAUGCAAGUAUGAUCACCCGAUGGGUACGCUUGGCUACAGUUCAUCUCCUUUUCCCCUGUCUGACGUGCCAAUUGCUCCCUAUCCUCUUGGCUUCUCUAUUGCCACAUUGGCUCCAUCUUCAUCUUCCCAAGAUCUAAGGCCAGAAUAUAUUUCAGCUAAAGACCCAUCAGUCAACCAAGUAGGAUCGCCAGUGGCAGCAUCUGAGCCUUCUGGAUCAAUUUUGCCAAAAGGGGUUUUCCCGCCAGACACGGUGAUGCGUGCUCAGGCUAAUACGACAACUGGUGGUAGUUCAAGCCCUGGUGGUGGUCGCUGA